GGUUGCUUAGAAAUACUUCGGAUAUGAAACGGUGCUGUAAUAUAUUAAUGUUGAAUAAUCAAAGGGAAAUAUUUCAAAGAAAAAUCAUCCGACAGGACAAUAUGCGUACCUCCCACUGGUAGUAAAGUUUUGCUGAAUUCCAGUGAGUAGUUGCUGGGAAAUUCUCCGGAAAACCAUUUCACACCAAAUGAAAAAGACACAAGAUCAAAUGGGAAGGGGUUUUUAUCAAAUGAAAAAAAAAAAGAAUCAAACAGAGUGUGUUUCAUUAAACGAAGAAGGCACGGGAUCCAAGGAGAGGGAUUUUCAUCAGUUGGUGAUUACUAGAGCUCACUUAGCCAACAGUUAUUUCCGAAUCAAAAUAAUAGCUUUUACUAUAUAAUUACUGAUAGUUACUGAGAACGAUUACCUAUAUUUAAAUAAGAUAUUGUAUCUUUGUUUUCAGUAUAUCGAAAUCGAGAGCUUGGGCAAUAGUCACCAUUGUUAUAGUCGCCUGUAUAGUAGCAGUGGCUAUCGGACUUGGGUUCGGACUGCGUAAAGAUGAUGAUAAAGAUACACCAAUGCCCGAAUGCCCAGCACCGGCAGCGCCACCAUCAUCUUCCAGGUUAACAAAAGAUUCGCCCAUCUAUGUUCAGCCAACCAUUAAGAAGGAAGGUUUCUACCGUUACGCCACUGUAUCUAGUGACGCACCUAUAUGCUCUUACUACGGAACAAACACUAUGGUUCGUUAUGGUGGUUCCGCAGUGGACGGAGCUAUCGUUGCUAUUCUGUGUAAUGGUGUUUACAAUCCACAAAGCUGUGGAAUAGGAGGUGGAUUUUUCAUGAACUACUAUAAAAGGUCAGAACGAAAAGGAUAUGUGAUGAUGGCUCGAGAAAUGGCGGCUGGUACUGCAUCAGAAGACAUGUAUACAGACGGGACUAGUUCAACAGAAGGAGGCAUGGCAAUCGGCAUUCCGGGGGAAAUCAAAGGACUUCACGAGGCAUGGAAACUGGGCGGUAGACUUCCGUGGUCUGAACUGUUCGCACCUGUUAUACAGAUGUGUAAACAAGGCUUCCCUGUUGGAAAACACCUCCAUACCGAUAAAUAA